AUGAGAUCAUCCAACGAAGAAGACGAGGAUUCCAUUGAAGAACGUGUCAACGAAGAAGUGGAUGAUGAUGAUCCAAAUGUGAUCAUUUCACCGUCACAACCGUCACAACCAACAAAAACAAAAAAAGAGUUGCACCAACUUACUCUCAUCAGAACAUUGAUCCCACUUUUUAAUGAUGGGUCGGGGUUCAAUAUUGGUAUGAUAACAGACAAUGUUACCGAAUGUAUCAGAAAGGAAAAGGCUGAAAACUCCAGGCUCAAUUGUCACAACGAAAUCGGAGAGUUUAUUUUGUUGUUUCUUGCCUUAAUAUCUGGAGCAUCCGCUUUUUCAAUUUCUCAAAUGGAUAAUGUCAUAAAAUUUUUCAAUUUUGGCAUAACGUUGUGUGGAGUCGAUGUAAACAAAUAUCAUUUCAAUUUAAGUCCGACAACAAUAAAAAGAAGAAUUGACCUCAUUUCUGAAGUUAACACGGAACAGACGCUCGAACUGUUGAGGAAUUGUCAUUAUUAUGGUUUGAUGGCAGACAGUGCCAGAUAUGGACCAAACGAACAUUUUUCGUUGUUCAUAAGAAUUUUAACCGAUAAAAUGAUUGUUGUUGAGAAAAAAUUGAAGAUGGAAAAAUAUAUCGGAAAAACAACUGCGGAUGCUUGGUGUGAUUGGGUAAAGUCAGUUGCGGGAUUGUUUGGAUUAAAAUUGAAUUUGUGUGUCAACUUCACCUUCGAUGGUGCUUCGACAAUGAUCUCUAAUGAAGGUGGUCUUGCGGGAAAGUUCAUUGAAUUUAUGAAAUCAAUUGGUAUUGAUGUUAAUGGAUUCGAACCAAAUUAUUGUUUCAAUCAUCGAUUGAGUAAAGCAAUUGAAAAAAUGGGAACGACGUUUUAUGGGUAUCUUGUGAAGAAAUUUUUAUACAAAUUAACUGGAGCCAACGUGAGGAUGAAUUGGGAAUCUUGUUGUAAAGAAAAAGGAAAUGAAAAAGAAGCCUUGUCAAUUCCUCAAUAUAGCAUCACUCGGUUUCUAUAUAUAGCGACAAUAUCUAAUAUGGUAUUUGACAAUCUCAAUGAACUUCAAGAUUUUACAAGGAACCAAAAGAACUGGAAAAUCGAAAUGCCUAAACCGAAAAGAAGGGAGAGCAGUGCCAAACAACAAAACAAAAAUGAUAACGAAAACGACAACUUCGAAGAUGAUGGCAUUGACGUCUCGAGACGGCUUAUCAAAACUGCGACUUUGGACGACGACAAAUUUGUAGCACUUCUGUUCUUUGUUGAUUUCAUUACAAGUCAGGUAAAAGUUCUCAGUGAUUGGCUCCAAAAAUCGUGCCUCUCCUUAGUUGUUGCCUAUCAACGUGUGCUUGAAGUCACCGAGAAUUUAAUCGAACUUAAAAAUGACAUCUAUCAACGCUCAGAAGAAAAACUCUUUAACAUGCUUUACAUCAACAAAGUCAAAUCCCCAGAAAGAGUUCAAUUUCGUGAUAUUUGUCUGGGAUUGCUUAAUCGUUUAUUACAAGCACUUUCUGUUCAAUUCACUCUUCCAACCAAAAAACUCAAGCCAAGCCAAAUAGCGCUCAACGGAGCAACAAAUGAAACAACCAUUGGCAUUAAUACAUUUGGUGACUUUGUUAAACUCGGAGACUCUUUUCGAAACGAAAAUUUUUUGCUUGCCGUCCGCACUUGUUUGUUGCCUGUCUUCAGAAAGGCGAAAUCUGAAAUUUCUGAGGAUCUCAGAUUGGAAAUUGUUCAAUUCAAUCAGUGGAUGGACUCCCACACAAUGCAAAUGACCAAAUUAAAAAGCAGAGACGAAGAACUCAAUAAAGAACAAUUGAUGAGACUUCAAAAGGCUACACAAUCGGUGAGGCUUUCAAAAGAAGCCAAAGACAUUAUUCAAAAACUUGACUCACAACAAAACAUUGGAUUGUUAAAUGAAAAGAAACAAAAUGUUGUGAGGAUUGUUAGAGAAAUGCAAAAAUCGAAGCAAAUUAGGCAUUGCCAAUUGAAUGACAAUUUCGUUCCAUGUCAAAAUACUACAACAUUGGUGGUGCUCUUGCAAAUGUCUGAAUCUGAAAGAUCUCAUUUCCCGCUUAUAAUGGAUUUUUCCAAACGUGUAGAGGCAGUAAAUGUGACUUCUUCGAUAGUCGAACGUUCAUUUUCACGUUUGAAGCAUAUAGCAAAGGCGAAUAUGAAGUCAGAAACAAUUAGUCAAAUGUACGACGUUAAAGAUAUCGUAAAGAAAUGUGAUUUCUGA